AAAAAAAAAGGGGUGCAAUUACUUUAGCAGAAGGAGCUGUCACAGAAAGUUGGUGCAUUUUUUAAAUGUACACCAUCCCAAGUUAUUGCGUUUGUUUUUCCCUUCUGAGAGCAAACAUCUGCAUCCAAUUUCCUCAUUUUACCACCUCAAUUAUUUUAUAUACCUCAGCCGCCGAGCACAUCCAUCCAAAUUGCUCUCCCUUUCUUGCAAGUUGGCGUUGCCAACAGACUCACACCAAAGAUAAUUUCUUCUUCUUCUACUUCUUCUCUCUGUCUCCCUCUCCCUCUCCGGGGAAAAGAGAUCAGGAAAAGAAGGAGAGAGAGGAAAGGAAAUCGUAAGCUUGGCAGAUAUGCAGAUGGGAACGAAGAGCAUGAAGUAGGAGGGAGGAGGAGGAGCGUGCACUACGCCUGUGGUCUCAUAUAUCCCUUGUCUCUUAAUUUCUUCUGAUGAUCGCCAGAAGCUAGCUGAGGUCUUCCUCUCUGCCUGACAAAAAUUUCCCCCCAGUCGCCUCUGAACCUUAAGCUAGUGGAAGGGAGAGAGAUCAGGAGGAGGAACAGUAGGAGAGCAGAAGGGGGAGAAUUAAUUAAAGAAGGUAGAGUUGAUGGAGGAGACCCUCAAGUCCCUCUCGUUGGACUACCUCAACUUGCUCAUCAACGGGCAGGCCUUCAGCGACGUCACCUUCAGCGUCGAGGGCCGCCUCGUCCACGCGCACCGCUGCAUCCUCGCCGCCCGUAGCCUCUUCUUCCGCCGGUUCUUCUGCGGCACCGACCCCCCCUCCCCGGGCCUGCUCUCGUCGCCGCGCCGCUCCAGCGCCGUGCCCACCGCCGUCAUCCCGGUCAACUCCGUCAGCUAUGAGGUCUUUCUCCUCGUCCUCCAGUUUCUCUACAGCGGCCAGGCCUCGGUGGUGCCGCAGAAGCACGAACCCCGCUCCAGCUGCGGCGAGCGCGGUUGCUGGCACACCCACUGCACCGCCGCGGUCGAUCUCGCCCUCGACACCCUCGCCGCCGCCCGCUCCUUCGGCGUCAAGCAACUCGAGCAGAUCACAGAGAAGCAAUUGGCGAGCAUGGUGGAGAAGGCGUCGAUCGAGGACGUGAUGAAGGUGUUGCUGGCGUCGCGGCAGCAGGAGACGCAGCAACUGUGGACGACCUGCUCCCACCUCGUCGCCAAGUCCGGCCUCCCGGCGGAGGUCCUCGCCAAGCACCUCCCCAUCGACGUGGUGGCCCAGAUUGAGCAGCUCCGCCUCAAGUCCUCCAUCGGCCGCCGCCCUUCCUUCAUCCCGCACCACCAGCUCGACCUCGGCGGACCCUCCGUCGACGUCGAGGACCACCACCACAAGAUCCGCCGCAUGCGCCGCGCGCUCGAUUCUUCCGACGUUGAGCUCGUCAAGCUGAUGGUCAUGGGCGAGGGGCUCAACCUCGACGAGGCGCUCGCGCUCCACUACGCCGUCGAGAACUGCAGCCGCGAGGUCGUCAAGGCGCUCCUCGAGCUCGGCGCGGCCGACGUCAACUGCCCCGCCGGCCCCGCCGGCAAGACGCCCCUCCACAUCGCGGCCGAGAUGGUGUGCCCCGACAUGGUGGCCGUGCUCCUCGACCACCACGCCGACCCCAACGUGCGCACCGUAGACGGCGUCACUCCGCUCGACAUCCUCCGCACCCUCACCUCCGACUUCCUCUUCAAAGGCGCCGUGCCGGGUCUGACGCACAUCGAGCCCAACAAGCUCCGGCUCUGCCUCGAGCUCGUCCAAUCAGCUGCCAUGGUGAUGUCGCGCGAGGACGCUAACAAUUGCGCGGCCGCCGGGAACAACCAGGUGUUCCCCCGGCUGAACCAACAGGAAACCGGCCCGUGCAACGCGAGCUGCUCCAGCCCGAGCAUGGUCAACCUCAGCCUCGAUUCAAGGAUGGUGUAUCUGAAUCUGGGGAUGGCAGAGCAAUUUGGGUGCAAGAUGAACGAUGGCGGCGGCGGUGGAGGCGAUCAGAGCAGCAGCAGUCGAUCACAAGGCAUGGGUCCUUCAUCCUUGUAUCAUUCCCACGGCUUCCCCUAACUCAGUCUGAGCUUGUGUGACAUAUUAAUUAGUCACAUCAUUCUAUAAUGCCCAAUGCAUGGUCAGGGGUGAUCGAUGAUACCUUUUAGCAAGCUAAGGAUAGUAGCAUUGUUACUUUUUGGAAGAAUUGGGGAAGCUAGCAAAGCAAGAAACUGAAAAACUAGGGCAUGUGGAGCUGUGUAUGAAGUCAAGAGAGCUGUGAGAGCUAGCUAGAGAUGAAAAUUUUAAUAUCAUUUGAGUUUAAAUUAAUUUGUCUGGAUUGAUGUUACACUCCUUUUGGUGUUUAUUGGGUGUUGGGGAUGCACCAGCAUGUGAGAGAUUUCAAGGGGGAGACAACAAGAAUCUAAGGAAGCUGUGCAUGGUGGAGGAGAAAUAUAAUAUAUAUUCAGGUCAAUCUUUUCUUCUC